AUGAGGUCCUCCUUGGUUGCGCUCGUCCCUGCGAUUGGGCUCUGCCUAAGCAAGAUCAUCGAAGGCCCAAUAGACCCACGUCAACAUGAUGGCUCUCAAGAUACAUCCGAAUCCAUUUGCAUCACCUAUGUCACCACUUACCUGGCCACUCUAGAGCCCAGAGGCAGCACCAACACAGGAUUGCCGAACCUACCGCCUGGUGCGCUUCCACCAAGAUCCUUUGAUGGAAAUGAACCUCCACCACAGUACACACAGCCUCCACCCCAACCAUAUGGUCCGCAGCAACCCCGGACCAAUCCAUAUGGCCCCCAGCAACCCCCGACCAAUCCAUAUGGUCCUCCGACCAAUCCGUAUGGUCCUCAACCGCCGUUUAAUCCAUAUGGUCCACAACCACCGCCUAAUCCGUAUGAUCCUCAACUUCCGCCCAAUCCGUAUGGUCCACAGCCUCCGCCUAACGGAUAUGGGCCCCAGCCUCCGCCGCCGCCUCCCGGUUACGGUGGACCGCCUGUGCCGCCGCCCUACUCGCCGCCCCCCCCGAUUCCUGGCACAACAGGUCCCGUCAUCCCACCGAGCGGCGGAGUUUCUGCAUCUUCUCCACCAGAAGGCUCACCUUCUCCGGCUCCAGCUCCAGACAUAUAUAUAGUCAACGUAGAGGCUCUCGUACCUCAAGUUGUGCCACAGCCGGCUCCAGGGAAGCGAAGGGACAUAGAUCCACGGGCUGUCGACCCUACACUGACUACCAACCUUGGAUUCAUUUCCAAUACUAAUGUAACCUUCACUUGUUCAAGAGCUGCUCCAUACUACACGUUCAAUGGCCAGUUGUUCGAGGUAGCCACAGGGUUGGCGUUGUCUGUCAACUUCGGAGUGCCAUUUAUCAACUUCACGAUCGCCGCCCAAGGUUCCAUCUCAACCAGAUUUGAGAUCGUCGACGGCAUUUUGCGCUGGUUUAAUCCACAGUUCUACAAUGGAGAGGCUACAUUCUGUGUUGUGGGCAGCGCUAUUUUCGCGACGUUCGCAUCGUUCGGCCGGCCAGCUGAUUGUGUCACUGUUCAACUGCUUCUCUUCAGAGCUGCCAUCCACUGCCUCGAUACGCACGAGCUCGACUUCGCGAGCGGCCACCACCCCAAACGUGGUCUCCACAAGUCGCGCGUCUCAGGCGUCGUCACCAGCUGUAGAUUCUUCAGUGCCUGUCUCACCGAGGUCAACCGGGAUACCUACAGCUCCAUCGCCACCGGCUGGUUCUACAGGUGGACUUACGGGUGGGUCAUCCAGUCCCCAAGCAUCGGCACCGAGCCCACCUCCGGGAGAUUCAACAACUGGUGUGCCUCCGUUCCCGACCUCAGGCUCGCCACCACCGCACCAAGUCCACCAGGGGAGUCUUCUACAGGCGGGCUGCCUAGUAUUUCACCGCCGGUGGUGCCAUCAGGACCCGGAUCUACCAGUGGAGAGCCCAUACCUGAGCCUACAACCCCCUCGGCUGGCUUCCCAACAGCGUCACCGUCUCUCCCGCCCCUUUCUCCACCGGCCGGCGAGUCUGGCACGUCACCUGCAUCGCAGCCUGUCAUCCCUACCUCGAAUGUGCUGCCGCCUUCCGAGUCAGGAUCUCGAGCCUCGGGUUUGCCGAGUGCGACGCCGUCACCAUCCGGCUCUGGCGCAAACCCGGUUCAGACGGUCAUUGCGGGCCAGGCUUUCAACAUCAAUCUGGUGCAGUACCUGAAUAACGCGGUUGACCAGGUUAAAGGCAUCACCACGAGCCCCGAUACUGCGUUCCUGAAUAACCUCAACCAAGCGCUAAACGUCCUUGCUGGUACGGUUCCGGUCAAAGCCACUGCGGAAACUAUUACUGUGACUCUUUCAGUCGCAGGCCUACUUGGUGAUACCUAUACGAAGACUUUUGACGUGGUUGUCCUCGAAGUCGAACGAGUCUUUGCUGGGCAGCGAUUUGAUAUCUUCCUGACCCAGUACAUGCAAUUCGCACAAGAUACUAUCCUUGGCGUCUCCACGCUCCCUAACACAGCGUUUCUCAAUGCACUCGACACUUUGGACAAAACCAUAUCUGGUACUGUCCCGGCAUCAGCCGUCGGAGAUGCCAUCACUGUGACUUUCACAGCUGUUGGCCAGACCGGCGAAUAUGUCAGGAGUUUCUUGGUACUGGUCCUCGAAUCUCUGACCAUAAUUCCCGGCCAGCCUUUUAACGUUGACCUGAAAGAUUUCCUGGAUGAUCCCGCGGACUCGAUCACGAACUUUGAAACCAGUCCGCUCAUUGGCUUUUUGGAGGACGGCUUCGACGCAACUGGGCGGGCCAUAACCGGGACGGUCCCGAUCAGUGCCAUCCCAGAAACCAUCACCGCCACCCUCACCGUCACAGGGCAGGUUGGAGAUUACACCAGAUUGGUCUCCAUAGUGGUUGCUCCACUGCAGAGGGUCUUCCCUGGGCAGCCUUUCACCAUAACGCUGGGCGGUUACCUGGAUGGCCCGUCAGAUACGAUUAGGGGCAUCAGCACCGACCCUGCCGCCUCCUUCCUCGACUCCGCCUUGAACGCUGCUAACCAGCAAAUCGUCGGCACUGUUCCUCUCAGUACAGCUGCGGGUCUCGUUGAGGUGGCUAUGAGCGCAGUAGGGCCAAAUGGUCUAUAUACCAAGCUACUCUACGUUCUGGUUGUCCCAUCGAACAUCAUAACCAUCGGACAGUCUUUCGUCAUUACGUUGACCCAGUACUUGGUUAACCCUGCGGACACCAUCAAUGGCCUCGUCUCCAUUCCAGCCCUGCUAACCUUCCUCCAGGAUGAUCUGGACAUUGCUCAAAGGCAGAUUGCCGGUGUUGUCCCGACCACGGCCAUUGAGGGAUCUUUUGCUAUAUCUCUCAGUGUCACGGGCCAGCUGAGCAUCCCUUACAUCCAGAUAUUCUACGUGAUUGUUGUCCCAGGAAGCUCGUCAAGCUCGUCUAUCCUAUCAACGUCAAGGCUUUCGUCUGGGAUCUCGAGUGGAUUCACCUCAACCUCGCUUUCUGGCUUCUCCAGUACAGUUUCGCAAACCUCGGGAAGUUUGUCGACGUCUGCGGGAAGCAAUUCGAUUUCCACGACUCCAUUUCCGUCCUCUGAAGCGAGCAGCCAGUCGUCCGGAGCCCAGUCUACAACGCAAUUUUCCACUCCAUUGCUGUCAACUGCUCUGUCUAGCGAAAGCCUGGAGAGUCAAUCAACGAGCGAGCCAGGCCCGAGCUCAUCAGAGCAGUCCGUCUCAAGCUCAGGGAGUUCAUUUACAGCAGAGAGCCCGACGCCGACUAGCUUGUCGAUCUCGGGUGCAACAAGCAUAUCGACGCCGCCGAGCUUGUCUACUGAGGCCGAGCAAUCCACAUCAAGCCCAGGAGAGUCAUCUACUGAGGCGAGCCAAACGGUGGUAUCGAGCACUCCAUUCGACUCGUCUGUUGAGUCAAGCCAGGCCACCACCUCUCCGUCACCAACUGAGUCAGGUUUCUCGAGCCUGUCAAGUGAGACGGGUUUGUCCACCGGCUCUCAGGCGUUGAGCUCACAAAGUCCCGGGGAUCUCUCGACCGGCACCAGUAGUUUUGUGUCAACUAUCGAGACUUCGCAGGGUAGCAUUUCUACACAAGUGACGUCGCCGUCAGGUCCUACCCCGGGUCCUUCUUCGACGGAAGUGAGCACUAGCAACGAUGCUUCAACAGGAACCUCGUUAUCCACGGAGGCACAAUCCUCGUCGCAGAGUCAGCCUACAGGCAUUUCGACUUCUUUGCCGUCGAGCGAGGCUGAGAGUACGCUGCCUAGUAGUGGUACAUCGUUGUUCUCGACAGAGCCAACGAGUUCACAGCCAGAUAGCAGUACAUUGUCGACCGAGUCUGGCAGUAUAACUGCGACAAGUGGCGAACCCACAUCUUUCGAGAGCUCGGAAACCUCUGCUGGAACGUCAACAGAGUCCCAGAGCCCGAUAGAGACUUCCACAGGUGAAUCUGGAGCUUCCUCGUCUUUCACAGGAUCCCAGCCAACCAGCUUGGAGAGCGCAACCGAGACCUCGGCCAGAAUUUCUGGCACAAGCAGUAACGAAGAGACGUCUUCAACACCCACCGGAUCGGGAUUUUCGACCAGCGCUCUUGAAACUUCAAGUUUAAGCAGCCAAGAAAGCACGGAAUCGUCUCUGUCCACCAGUGAACCGUUCAGCACUCCGACCAGCGGCCUCGAUGUGACGUCCUCCACUGUGGGCGAAAGCUCCACUGAGGCCAGUAACACAAUAGUGGGCUCCACAUCCUUCUCAAGCACCUCUCAAGAGAGUGGUGUGCCGUCGACAUCUUUCUCGACCGGAGAAUCGAGCACCAUCUCUACCGAACUCAUAACCUCUGAGCCGAGUAUCACACCGCCGAGCUCAUUGUCGAGUGAGGAGCUUAGCACCGCUUCUACUGAGUUGGCUUCCUCUCAAUCUAGUGGUGCAGAGUCGAGUUCUUCGUCAGGCCUAGAGAGCACCACUACAGAGGCGAGCACGUCUGAACUGAGCAGCCUGGUGUCGUCUGCCUCUUCUGAGGAACAGACGAGCAGUGGGAGCAGCGAGUCUGGUAGCCUAAACCCGAGCUCCAGCCUAGAGAGCAGCUUGGAGUCGUCCUCCAUGGAGCAAGUUGUCAGUACUUCGACGAGCGACCUCCUCACAACUUCAAGCCCGCCCGGGACAAGCGAGACGCAGUCGAGCUCUCCCGGCGCAACUAGUUCCAUACCUGCCAGCUCUGAGGCCUCAUCCCUGACAAGCGCUUCGGACCAAGAGUCAUCUUCGAGCUCCUUCAGCUCCACGGCCUCUAAAACUGAAUUGUCGAGCUCGUCUGAGCCAACCACAUCAGCAUCUUCUGAGGCAUCUGAAUCCACGUCCAUCGAAUCGAGCUCGACAGAACCCAGCAGCGGUGGUCCAAGCUCCACCGGGCCGAUUUCGUCGAAAUCCACGUCUUCCGAGCCAACGUCGACCGAGCCAAGCUCAUCCGAACAGACUUCGGGUGCCAGUACGAGUGAGGAAAGCACGGUCGGCCAAAGUUCGACGGAGUCCACCUCAAGUGGCGGAAGUACGACGGAAUCAAGUUCAAUAGCACCAAGCACCACUGGGGAAAGCACUCUUGGCUCAAGCUCGUCUGGGGAGAGCACGACCGAGCAGUUCUCAACGGAAUCCAGCUCUUCUCAAGCAACCUCAACUGAAGCAAGCUCCACAGAGCCGAGCAGCUCAUUCUCAAGCUUGGAACCGACAUCGACGGAGCAGACGUCAACUGAAUCCACACAGCUUGAGUCAACGUCCACCGAGCAGAUUUCCUCCGAAUCUACGUCUGGGCAGACGUCGAGUGAACCAACUUCUUCCGGUUUUACAUCAUCCGAGUCCACAUCCUUUGAGCCAACGUCGACGGCGUCAAGUGGCUCUGAGUCCACCUUCCCCAGCCAAACGUCCACCGAGUCUACGUCUGUCGAGUCUACAUCAACCGAGGCAACAUCUUCCGAGUCUUCGUCUGCCGGACAGACUUCCAGUGAGCCCACAAUCACAUCUUCGGAGCAAAGUUCGACCGAACCUCCAUCUUCCGAAUCAACGUCGAUCGAACCAACGUCCACCGAGGCUACGUCCUCUGGAUCAACAUCACCGACCAGCAGCGCUACAUCGACGAGUGGCGAAGAUGACGAUGGUGAUGACGAGUCUUCGACAGCUGCAUUACCCACCUUUACACCAAUAUGCAAUGGGGUUUCUAUGCCGAUGCAGCUUCGGCAACCUUUAGUCGCUGCCGUGCGCUUUGGGUUGCUCCCAGCCGCCGAUCCUCAGCACAGGUACGAGCACAGGAGCCACGUCCAAGGCUAUAUCGUCGUCGUCUACGCUGCGUCCCAGUGUACAAUCGAGCUCUUCGCCUUCGGAUCUGGGUCCUCGUUCGGUGUUGUCCGUGGAUCCCACGUCUGCCCCUUUCCCGAGCCUACUGUCCACGAGUAUCACCUCGCAUCCAACUGGACCAAGUUACUCCACUGUCUCUCAGACUGGUAUGAGCACAGUUGGCCCUGGAUUUUUGUCGUCCUUUUUCCCAGGCACUCAGUCCAGUAUCUUGUCUACUGGGUCGAGAUCCGAGUCGAUUCUGUCGUCUACCGUCAUAUUGAGCCUCCCGUCAAGCACUCAGGUUUCAAGCCACCAGCCAUCUUCGCUGUCUACGGAACUAUCGACAAGAACCUCGAGCCCGAUGUCGACAAGUUUAUCCUCGCAGCCAUCUCUGCCGUUCACGGGUUUUGUAUCCCGGACAUUGAGCUCGACGUCUCCAAGUCUAUCGUUCCAGUCAUCUUUGCCGCCUACGCAAAUCCCGACACGAACGUCAAACUCAACGCCAACGAACUCAUCAUCUCAGCCAGUUUCAUCAGGCAUGGAAAUCCCAACACGGACAUUCAGCUCGACGUCAACGAGCCUCCUGAGUUCUCAACUGUCUCCAAAUACCCAAUUCACGACCCUCGUUUCUCUGCUCAGCUCCUCAUCCACUGCGGCCUCAUCUCGGGCCGCCAACAGUUCCUCCGUCGGCCUCAGUUCUCAGUCAGGGUCUACACUUUAUACGAGUUCUGGCCUCACAUCCUUUUCGACAUCGGUACUGACGUCUACAUCGGGGAGUACAUCCACUGCUGUCACAUCCACUACUCCCCAGGUUGGUACAAGCCUCAGUACUUCGAUAGUCCAGAGCCCGGCUCUACGCUAUACAGGGUUAACAUCACCACUGGGUCAUAUGUCACCGUCAAGGCGUCCAUGGGAGACGGCACGUCUAUAAAUGCAAUGGGCUACAACAUUGGCGACAAUUUCCUGUAUGCCGCUGCUACUGCAAAGAUCCCCAAUAGUCUUCUCAGGAUAUCUGCGUCGGGUGACGUUGUCAACAUGGGGAGCCUGGGUACCUCGUACGUCGUCAACAGUGGAGAUGUUGAUGAAUACUCCCAGUACUGGGCUUCCGCAGGCGGUAAGGACUGGGUACAGGUCGACCUGAAACCAAGCUCGUCAACAUAUGGCAAAACAGUGGCCAAAGGCACUGCAGCGCCGGCUUACACCAUUGUGGAUUGGGCUUACGUACCGCGUGGUGGCAACUACCUCUGGACCCUGGGAUUUGACAGCCUCACCAGGACGGCACUUGGGGGCUCGAAUACUUACCUGCUCAAAUUUGACCGUGCUGCCAAGUCCUGGACCACGGUGGCCAAGUUCGGGGAUAUUGCGGGUAGUGGUGAUACACAGCGGAACGCCUGGGGUGCAGUCUAUGCUUCGGAUGACGGGUACUUUAAAGAUAUCAAAUGGGCCAGCAGCUAG